AUGCCGUUAAAGAAAGAAAAACAUCAACAUGCUUCAACUGAUGUUAUUAAAUCACAGAUAACACCUCUUAAUAACAGUACAAAUACAACACUACCAACAAAUGAAAGUCUUCGACUUGAAAAUUCUUAUCGUCAUUUAACAUCAACAGACAAAACAAAUUUCAGCAAUGAUUCAGCAAUCGGUUUAGAUCAUUUAUCACUUAUACGUGGUCAUAAAAAUGAUCUUGAUGAAUUGAAUAAUCGUUUUUCCAAUUAUGUGAAUGCAUUACAGAAAAAAUCUAAAGAAAAUAAUGAUUUACAAAAGAAAGUCGAUAUAGAAAAACAAAAACAAAAACAUACAACGGAAGAUAAUCAUGAACUUGAUACACAAAUGAAUGAAUUACGUACGGAAAUCGAUGAAUCAGCUGUAUUAACCGAACAUUUUAUUAUUAAACAUGAUCGAGCAUUAAAAGAAUUAGCGUUACUAAAAGAUAAGAUUCGUACCGAAGAAGAUAAUUCAUAUGUAAAACGGCGUCCAUUAUUAGAAAAUGAAUAUCAACAAACAUCAGUACAAUUGCAAGAAUUAAAACGUAGUUACGAAGAUUUAGAAAAAAUAGCUCAAGCUAGCAAAAAUCAAAUGAAUCUAAUGAAUGAUUUAUAUAAAAAACUUGAAGAUGAAUUACACGAUCUUACGUUGAAUAAUAUUCGACUUCAAAAUAAUCUUCGUACCAUUGAAGAACAAAUACUAUUUAAAAAGGCAACGUACGAGACAGAAAAAGCUGAACUAGGCAACGAACAAACUAAACAAAAACAAUUUUAUGCCGAUGAAUUAGGCAAAGCAAUUGAAGAUAUAAAACAUGAUUUUCAAAUUUUAUUGAAACACAAUAAAGCUCUACUUGAAAAUUCUUAUGCUGAUCGUAUGGAACAAGCUAAAACGCAAUUGUUAGCAUACGAAACAACUAAACAACAACAACAACAACCAUUAGUAGCGACUCGAGCUUCCAUUGAUACAUUACAAAAUGAACUUAAACAAGUUGAAAAAGUUCGUCAAGAUAUUGACAAUGAAUAUCGACCCUUAGUCGAUCUCUAUCUAAUAAAACAAAAAGAAAAAAAUCAAACUGAUGAAGAACGUAUUCGCCUUGAUAACGAAUACAAUCGUUUAGCCAAUGACGUAAAUCAUUUAACACAAGCUAUCGAAGUUGGAAAACAAUAUUGGUUUUCUGUACAUUUUGAAUUAGAGACGUAUAGAAAAUUAUUAGAUUUAGAAACGUCAAAAUCAUUACCUACUAUUAAUAAUAAUAAUAAUAAUAAUAAUAAUAAUAGUACUACAAGUGUCAUCACCAAUAAUAAUAAGCAUGUAGUAUUAUCAAAUGGUAAAGACGAACAUAUUCCUAUUGAAGAACCUCGGCAAAUAGUUACAGUAAAAAAACCUGAGGCACAACGUGCUAUAUCAAAAUCUGGUAAAUUUGAUAUUGAUCAAGUUCAAGCUGGUUUUAUAUCGAUUAAUAAUGCAGCAACACAUUGUGUUGAUCAACCACUUAAAGGCUGGACACUUGUUCAUACUAUAAAUAAUGGACCUGAAUGUUGUUUUCAAUUUGCUGAUACAUACGUACUUAGAGCUCGAACGCGCGUACGCGUUUAUUCUAAUAAAGUUGAGAAUAUUGGAAAUAGCGCAGUAGCCAAUGCGCGGCUCGUCGCACCAUCAAUUUCAGCAUGGACUAAUACAAAUCAAGGUGAUAAUGUGAAAAUAGUAUUACUUGAUGACAAAGGUAUUAAUAGAGCUCAAUACAGUGAAACGUGGCAAUAA